UGCCAGAUCAGCAGUGCCACAUCAGCAAUGCCACGUCAUAGUGCCAAGUCACAGUGCCACGUCAGCAGUGCCACGUCACAGUGCCAGAUCAGCAGUGCCACGUCAGCAGUGCCAGGUCACAGUGCCACAUCAGACAUAGUGCCGCGACAGCAGUGCCACGUCAGCAGUGACGUCAGACAGUGCCACAUCAGCAGUGCCACGUCAGCAGUACCACGUCAGACACAGGGCCACGUCAGCAGUGCCACAUCAGCAGUGCCACGUCAGCAGUACCACGUCAGACACAGGGCCACGUCAGCAGUGCCACAUCAGCAGUGCCACAUAAGUAGCAGUGCCACGUCAGCAGUGCCACCCUACAAGCAGCGGUUCCAGGCUCAGAUCGAGGCUGAGGAACAACGCCUGCUGGCAGCCGAGGCUGCCCGCGUACAGGCUGAAGAGGCAGCAGCAGCAGAGCAACUGCAGCUACAGGCCGAUGCAGACGCAGAUGCCCAGGCUCGCCGCAAGGAAGCCCAGGAUCUGCUGCAGCGGCAUGAAGCCAACAGCAUCGACAGACUCAAGUUCUGGCAUUUUGAACCGAACGGCGACGAGGCAACACCGGAAGAGAAGCACAAGGAGUUCCUUAUUGAACUCGUGACAAGGCUGUACCAGGACCAGCUGCUGGGGCUUCCAGCACCCUCUAGCCGCCAACUGGAGGACCGCGUUGACCACGUAGUGGCAAUGCUCGGCGACAUCAGCACUUUCGCUGCGCCGACCACCACCAUCAGCAGUCAGCUGCAUACAUUGAAGACCGAGGUCCAGCAGUUGCAGACGACGAACGCAGAUGGCAACCCGAAAAUGUAUAAGAUGCCAACUUUCAAUCUGGAGAGGUUCGACGACUACAUGCAGCAGGAUCCGGUCCUCUGGUGGGAAGCAUUUACAACGCAACUCAGGAUUCUGCCCGUAGCCAAGCAUGCGUACAUCGGCGCCCUGUUCCUGAACUCAAAAGGCCGAUGUCAGACCUGGUUGAGCCACCUGGCAACCUCCCGCGGCGUCGACGUACCAGACUUGAAGGACAAAAUCACAUGGGAGGAACUGACACAGCUGUGGAAGAAGCGGUUCAUCGUCGACGACGCGCCGGCACUCGCCAUCAACCGUUUGUUCACCAUGUCACAAGGCAACACUGCAACAUGGGAUUGGCUCACAGAGUGGCAGAAGAUUGCAGCAGUGCCCAAUCUGGAGCUGCCUUUCACUCAUCUCAGUCGUGAGUUCUACAACAGGUCCUGUGCUGCAUUAAGCCAGGCCCUUGGUGAUCGCGAGCAGUACUCCACUUUCGCCGAGAUUAUCGCCAAGGCGAGAGAGAUCAUCAAGACCAACAGGCCAGCUGCACACGAGAGAUCAACAUGGCAGCCGACCUAUGUGGAGAAGGUACGAACAAGUCCGCGACAGCAUCACUUCGCUGCAGUCCAGCAGGACAGUGGAGAUAACCCAGCAGCCACUCCAGCAUCAAGUGACGGAGAUCAGACGAUCAGGAACGCCGGCCCUCUCCCACGCAUCGACGACCUUCUCGAGCGAUUGGGCGGCGCCCAGUUCUUCGCUAAGCUGGAUCUCAAGUCAGGGUACCACCAACUCGAGAUUCGCGAGGAUCGCUACAAGACCACGUUCAAGACACGGUAUGGGCAUUUUGAAUGGAUGGUCAUGUCGUUUGGCCUUACGAAUGCCCCAGACACUUUCCAAGCGGCUAUGACAACGGAGUUCCGACACAUGCUGGAUCGGUUUGUACUUAUCUACCUCGACGACAUUCUGGUCUACAGCCGGAGUCUGGACGAGCAUGUGGAACACCUGCGCACCGAUUUGGAGCGGUUACGACAAGCCAAGUACAAAGCAAACCGCGACAAGUGCGAGUUCGCACAGCAGGAGCUGGAGUACUUGGGACACUAUGUGACGCCGCAAGGCAUCCGUCCGCUCGCGGACAAGAUCGAGGCCCUACGAGUAUGGCCCGAGCCCACCAACACCACGAACGUUCGUUCAUUCAUGGGAUUGGCGGGCUACUAUCAGCGAUUCAUCACCAGAUACUCCAGGAUCGCUGCACCUAUGACGAGGUUACAGUCGCCAAAGGUACCAUUCGUAUUCGAUGACGACACACGCCGGUCAUUCCAAGCACUUAAGACGGCUAUGCUCAUGGCACCCGUCCUUAGCAUCUAUGACCCCACCCUGCCGACGCGAGUGACUACGAUCGCUUCCGGCUAUGGCAUUGGGGCAGUCUUGGAACAGCACGACGGCGACGACUGGCACCCUGUGGAGUUCACAUGGGUCACAGACAACAAUCCAUUGACCUACUAUAAGACGCAGGACACGGUGAGCAGCACGAUCGGACGAUUGAUGUACUUCAUCGACCAAUUUGACUUCACACCGAAACAUGUCCCCGACCUCUCCAAUCGCGCAGCAGAUGCACUCUCGCGAAGACUUGAUCUUUGCGCUAUGACACAUCAUGCCUUCGCAUUCGACGAGGAGCUUAAGCGACACUUCAUCCGGGCAUAUCAGUCUGAUCCGRACUUCGGCACGCUCUAUGCACAGCUAUCUUCGGAUCACCCGCCGGCCAGCCAUUACCGCAUUGCCGACGGGUACUUGCUCCUCCACUCCAGAGGCAAGGACUUACUAUGUGUCCAACGCAACCGUCGUCUUCGGACUCGCCUCCUCGGCGAGUAUCAUGAUUCACGACUCGCCGGCCAUUUCGGAGUCAACCGUAUUGCACGGCUUCGACAGCGAUUCCGAUGGCCCGACCUCAUUACCGAUGUCACUCGGUAUUGCGACUCUUGCGAAGUUUGCCGACGCAGCAAGCCCCGCAACCGCAAUCCCUACGGCGAGCUACACCCGAUGCCUAUCCCACGGGAACCCGGUCUCUCCAUUGCCAUGGACGUCGCCGGUCCGUUUCCUCGCGACCGGCUCGGGCACGACGGCAUCCUCACRGUUGUGGACCGAUUGAGUAAGUACUCGCGUUUUCUCCCUUGCAAGUACUACUCCACGGCUCCCGAGCUGGCACGCCUCCUGCACACUAAUUGGAUUUGUGGCCACGGUGUACCAGAAGACAUUGUCAGCGACCGGGACACUCGUUUCAUGUCGGCGUUUUGGACUGCUCUCAAGCAGGAGUUCGGCACAACAAUGAAACCAAGUUCGGUUCGACAUCCUCAGACAGACGGGCAGACGGAGCGGGCACAUCAAACCGCUCAAAUGAUGCUUCGUACGCUCAUCCGUCCGGACCAGAAAGAUUGGGUUGACCGCCUCCCCGACAACGAGUUCGCCUACAACACUUUGGUGCAUCUGGCGAUCGGCGUGACUCCAUUCGAGUUGCACCACGGUGGACGGAAAGGCCGGAUCUUCGCCGACCUUCUCCUCCCUCGACCAGCCGACAUUGACGCUGCGAACACUUCGGUGCAUCCGGCGAUUGGCGUGACUCCAUUCGAGUUGCACCACGGUGGACGGAAAGGCCGGAUCUUCGCCGACCUUCUCCUCCCUCGACCAGCCGACAUUGACGCUGCCUUCUCUCCCGCUUCCGUCCGGAAGUACAGGGAAUUGUUGACUCAAGCCCGCGCAAAUAUGCAAAAGGCUCAAGUCCGCAUGCAGCAGCAAGCCAACAGGCGUCGCGUACCAUGUCCCAUCCGCGCCGGUGAUCUGGUUUGGGUCUCCGCGGAAGAGUUUGCACUGGAACAGGAUGUUUCACGCAAACUGCUUCCCAAGUGGUUUGGACCUUGGUCUGUGACAGCAGCCGCGGGCGAUGAGCCCGAUGGCCCUUCAUUUGUGAUCAACAUUCCAGACGGUCCAUCCGGUUUUCCACGCCUCAAAGCUGGCAACAUACAUGCCAGCCAAGAGCGACGACUUUCCAGACCGACGAUCAUAGGACCCUCCUUCUAUGGAUGGCCAUCAGGAAGUUGACCGCGUCAUCUCCGAUCGCAAGUACGGCAGCAAGCUGCGGCAGAGCAAAGUCACAUUCAAAGCAUGCUAUCUCAACGACACUCGGUGGAUUUCAGGCGCAGAUUUGAAAGCAUCCGCACCGUUGAUCUACGUGCAUAAUGAAAAGUGGAGGUUAGC